UUGGGAACAUUGAAGUAGUGGGGGAAAUGAAUCGAAUAUCCGGCUUCUCCAUUUUCUCUGGGCGUCACUUAUUCCGUUUUCCUCCACGCGAGAAGUUAUACAUAGAGACAUGGCGGACGCAGCUCCAGCCGGAGGACGUGGUGGAUUCAGAGGAGGCUUUGGUGCAGGAGGCGCAGGCGGUGGUCGUGGAGGACGAGGAGGUCGCGGAAGAGGUAGAGGUCGCGGCCGUGGUCGUGGAAGAGGGAAGGAAGACUCAAAGGAGUGGGUUCCCGUAACCAAACUUGGACGUUUGGUGCGAGAUGGUAAAAUCCGCAACUUGGAGGAAAUUUAUCUUUUCUCUCUUCCGAUCAAAGAGUUUGAUAUCAUCGACUUCUUUAUUGGAACCGAUCUGAAUGAUGAGGUUUUGAAGAUCAUGCCCGUUCAGAAGCAAACUCGUGCUGGUCAACGUACAAGGUUCAAGGCUUUUGUGGCCAUUGGAGACAGCAAAGGACACAUUGGCCUCGGCGUAAAAUGCAGCAAGGAAGUAGCAACUGCGAUUCGUGGUGCCAUCAUUUUGGCUAAAUUGUCGGUGGUUCCAGUUCGAAGAGGCUAUUGGGGAAAUAAGAUCGGUCAACCCCAUACAGUACCCUGCAAGGUAACUGGAAAAUGCGGGUCGGUGACGGUUCGUCUGAUCCCAGCUCCCCGUGGUACUGGCAUUGUAUCAGCUCCUGUUCCUAAGAAAUUGCUGCAGAUGGCCGGUAUUGAAGAUUGUUACACUUCUGCAAGAGGAUCUACCGGGACUUUGGGUAAUUUUGCAAAGGCGACAUACGCAGCCAUUGCGAAGACGUACGCGUACUUAACGCCCGAUUUGUGGAAGGACAUGCCACUUUCGCGUACGCCAUACCAGGAAUAUGCGGACUUUUUGGUCAAGAACCACAAAGUUUCGCCGGGGGUACCAGCCCGCCCUGACGGGGUCUAAUCCAGACCACAGCCCGCACGUGCGAAGUGCCACAAACACUACACGUGUAGUGUCUAAAUAAAAUUAUUUAAACAAA